UUUAUUUUUUUUCCGCCUGUUUUUCACUCACACUCACGCUCAGCACACGUUCAGAGUCUCACUCUGGGGAAAGGUGGGAAACGGAGAAAUUCCUCCUCCGUCACCAAGGAAAAAGAGACGCGAACGGGAGAAAAGCUCGUCGCAACACACUGUGUUUCCAGAUGGAGAGGAUGCAGGGAGAGGGAGAGGUGGACCACCUGGAGAGACCGAGCCCGCUGACUGACAAAGAGAGACUGAUGAUCCAGGACUCCUGGGCUAAAGUCUACGAGAACUGUGACCACGUCGGGGUCGCCAUACUGAUCAGGCUGUUUGUGAACUUCCCCUCCGCCAAGCAGUACUUCAGCCAGUUCAAGGACAUCCAAGACCCCGAGCUGCUGGAGCAAAACUCCCAGCUGAGGAAGCAUGCGCGCAGGGUCAUGAAUGCCCUCAACACGCUGGUGGGGAGCCUCGACAACGCCGAGAAGGUGGCGUCGCUGCUGGAGCUCCUGGGCAAGGCCCACGCCCUGCGGCACAAGGUGGAGCCUGUGUACUUCAAGAUUGUGAGUGGCGUGAUUCUGGAGGUCCUGGGGGAAGAGUUUCCACAGGUCGUAACGCCGGAGGUGGGCGCAGCGUGGACCAAAGUCUUGGCCACGGUCUACUGCGGCAUCUCAGCCGUCUACGAGGAAGUGGGCUGGACGAAGGUCCCGGCCUCAACCGGCUGAAGCCUUUUUCCCGACUUGGACCAGGCGCACGGGAGGGAUCGUUCUAAUCUCGGGGGCUCACAGACUCCUGAGAUGGAAAUCAACUGACCGUGAUCUGGGAAACGAUUUUGGUGAGCUCUAAGAAAAUCACGAGCUACGGGAGGUGGAGAGAAAAUUAAAGCUCCUUGUGUUGUACUCUUUGGAAAAGGGGGAAGGAAAUACAAACCCAGCAGUGGACGAGAGGUCACAUUGGACUCGGAUGUGCCUUCUGCUGAAUGUGUAAAUGUAGAAAGUGUAAUGAUGUAAACGGCAUUCUUUCCGAUCAUUACGACGCAUUUCAGACGUUUCCUCUUGUCAGUCGUUUUCCACGUGUGUUUAUUUAACCAGACCUUAUGAAUACCGAGGGGUUUAUUUUCUGACGUUUAAAAUGUGAUGAUUGUACAUUUUUUCCACUCAUAUUUGUAUAUGUACUUGAGUAUCUUUUGAAAUAAAAUUUUAAAAUGUU